CGAAAAAGCAAGUAACUGCGAGCUUAAGCGAUAAAAACACCAGGGAGUCAAUAUCCGUCGAUUUUUCCAGGUUCUUCUUACUGGUACAGAUUAAUAAAAAUUUGCCAUAACUACUACGUACGUCCUCGCUUAGCUGCUAGAAAUACAAAAAAUAUGUCGCUGGGUCCUGAGGAUUAUGAAGCUAUGCAGCGAGAAAGCCAACUAGUGGCUGCGAUGGCGCGGCUCCUACGCCACACACACUGUACGCAAAUGGGGAACUUUGUCGACAAGCUUUCAACAUUAAGUCUUCAAGUCAAAAGAUGACGCACAGCUGUACGAUGUACACUGAGAAUGCUGAUCUACAUGCUUUGUAGUUGUUACAUCAACUUUAUGUUGGACAUCUAGUGAACAACAUGUGGAACAUGUACUACUAGUAUCAUGAGUCGUCCCCCUAACAUCAUUUGAGACUUGUGUGACCUCUUUAACACAUGUUGUGAAUUCGCGACUAGGGGACGCCGACGCUGUGGAAGAGAAGCUAAGCGAAGGAUCGACGAAGCUGGCACAGUCUCAGAAGACCCUCGUCACGGCAUUGUGGGUUGCUGCAAACGAGGAUACCGAAGACGAUCAUGCUGGGAAUAGCAGUAAGAAGAAAGAGCAAGAUGAAGGUGUAGGUGAAUCAUCGGUGAAUCCAAAUACAAAAUCAGAGCGAGAUCAAGCACCAAAGCAAAAUAAAGUCGUAGGACAUGACACUGACAGAAUACUACCCGAAAGAGGAGACAACGUGGUACCGCAGAAAGAAGGUAGCGCGGCAGAGUGUCCUGCAAGAAUAGCAUCAAGUAGCUCAUCGAACUCCAACGUCGAAGGGGCAUCAUCUUCUUCUGCCACAACGUCAGAACGGUCAGGACGACCAAGGAUAAACUAUGACGAGCUUGUGACCGCGCAUUUGCUUGUCUUCUGCCACGAAAUCUUGCCUCGCACUUUACUGGAACGCUAUGGGCGUGACCUCCGUCGCACAGGGAACGUGGGCAGAACGGCCGACAAGGAAAACGAGCCAACGACUUCAUCUGCAUUUUUAUGCCACGGAAAGUACUUAGAUGAACUACAACAUUAAAAGGUGUUUUUGCUCAAUCUGUGGUGGAUAUAAAAUAUCAGACUUGCAUUUACAAUUCAUUGCAACUAGAACUAGCGUGUUCCAGUACAUUACAGUAUGGGCGUUGUUGUACCAGUGCCCGAGUCCUUUUCCCUCUAUCUGGUUCUAGUACCUUCUACCUUUUACUCAUCGGGCAGCAUCCUGGAAAAUACGUGGGUCAUACUAACUUUUUAGUAUACAACCGCCCACCAUAGCCCCCCCGUCACAACAUUUCUAAUUGUAAUUUCUGCGACGGGCAGCUUCAAUGGUAAGAAGCGCUUCCCCGCGAAGGCUUUCGCGGAAGUAGCUAAUCGUCAUGCACAUGCGUUAGAGAAGAUUUCACAUGGUUGUUUUGAGCGCGUCUUGUCUCGCACGCCAACUCUAGGGAGACACUGCGAAGCACUGGUCUCCAUGAACGUUGGGAAAGAAAAGGUGCUUGAUCAUCUUGAACUACUACAUUUACUAGUUUUAUCUACCAGGAGAGCGUCGAUCUUUGCUCAUCCUCUUGCUUAGGAACAAGUAUUGGAUUUGGUUACAAGAACAUAUGCUCCGAAGUAGGUCAUCAUCUACCUCUACCUGUACAACAUCAUCUUCAAACCCUCGCGGGAUCCCAACAUCUAUUAAAGGUAGGUUAAAGGUGCUUCUCUUACCGCUUUUUAUGCCUCUCCUAAGGGAGAAAGGCAUAAAAAGCGGGGUAAGCAAGCACCAAAAACCUACCUCUAAAUCUACCUGUACAACGUCUACCUGUACAACAACUCAACCUUGCCUCUACCGUCUCAGGAUCUGAGCGAGGGACUGGCGACCGAGGCAGCGCAACGUGCAGCUUUCGAAGGGCGCAUAGUGCACGCGCUGAGUAUCUCCUGUGAGAAUCUGCUAUUCCGAAUGGCCUACCAAUGCCUAGAGCAUCAUGCGGACAUUACCGACGACGUUUUCUGCACUUUGCUUCACUGACUUGUUGGGUCAAGAAGAUAUAGACCAAAACGGGACAGAAAGGCUGACGAAUAAUUAGAAGGCUGCAUUUCGCCAGGAGCACGCAGGCUGAGUCCUCUGAAGCCUGAUUUCUGAAGUUGGAGUACAGCUACAACAUCAAUCAUCCCUCUCAAAAAAAGUACUCUACUUUACCAUUUGACGAGAGUGUGUGCGUCUACUCCGAAGGGGAAAACAGGUGCUGACGAUGUCUAGUGCUUUAGAAGAAGUGGGCGAGUGCAAAUUUCCGAUCGCAGGAAGAACUUUUCAAGGCGUCUGCUCCCACAGUUCUAUUGUGGACGAUAAGACCACCAAACUCUCUCCUGUUCUGCGAAAAAUCCU